AUGGCCACCGCUCAGUUACAGAGAACUUCCGUGAGUGCACUGGUAUUCCCCAAUAAAAUAUCAACUGAGCAGCAGUCUCUGGUGUUGGUGAAGAGGCUCCUAGCAGUUUCAGUGUCCUGUAUCACGUAUUUGAGAGGAAUAUUUCCAGAAUGUGCUUAUGGAACAAGAUAUCUAGAUGAUCUUUGUGUCAAAAUUCUGAGAGAAGAUAAAAAUUGUCCAGGAGCUACACAGUUAGUGAAGUGGAUGCUAGGAUGCUAUGAUGCUUUACAGAAAAAAUAUCUAAGGAUGGUUGUUCUAGCUGUAUAUACCAACCCAGAAGACCCUCAGACAAUUUCAGAAUGUUACCAAUUUAAAUUCAAGUACACCAGUAAUGGACCAGUAAUGGACUUCAUAAGUAAAAACCAAAACAACAAAUCUAGCAUGUCAUCUGCUGACACCAAGAAAGCAAGUAUUCUCCUCAUUCGCAAGAUUUAUGUUCUAAUGCAGAAUCUGGGACCUCUACCUAAUGAUGUUUGUUUGACCAUGAAACUCUUUUACUAUGAUGAAGUUACACCACCAGAUUACCAGCCUCCUGGUUUUAAGGAUGGUGAUUGUGAAGGAGUUAUAUUUGAAGGGGAGCCUAUGUACUUAAAUGUGGGAGAAGUCCCAACCCCUUUUCAUACCAUCAAAGUAAAGGUAACCACUGAGAAAGAACGAAUGGAAAACAUUGAUUCAGCUAUAUUGGCACCAAAACUGUCAUUAAAAACACCACUUCAAAAAAUCCUGAUGGACAAAGAUGAUCUAGAGGAUGAACAGGAGCAUUAUAUAAACGAAGAUUUUGACACUGAAACUAAAAUGGAAGAGCAAAAAAAAAACCCUAGAUCUUCUGAACUUGGAGAACCAAACUUGAUUUGUGAGGAAGAUGAAAUUAUGAGGUCUAAAGAAAGUCCCGAUCUUUCAGAUUCUCAUUCUCAGUUUGAGCAGUUAGUCAAUAAAACAUCUGAACUUGAUGUGUCUGAAAGCAAAACAAGAAGUGGAAAAAUCUUUCAGAAUAAGAUGGCUAAUGGAAAUCAACCAGUAAAAUCUUCUAAAGAAAAUAGGAAGAGAAGUCAGCCAUUACCAGUCAAAACAGUCCUCCAUCACUUUGAUUCUUCUAGUCAAGAGUCAGUGCCAAAAAGGAGGAAGUUUAGUGAACCAAAGGAACAUAUCUAAACAUUCUUUUCUUUCUGCACCU